CACCAUUUGGGAUCAGUCCCACAUCUUGUGGUGAGAAGCUAGCACAGAGUAGUCUUUAGUUACUGUAUGCGGGAGAAACCAAAUCAAAGUUCGAACAAAGACCAACAACAACAACAACAACAACAACAACAACGAAGACACGAUCAAAGCAAAGAUGAUCUUAUUCGACGACUCACCGCCUUCGCCUUCUUCAAACCAUUUAAACGAAUUACGUAAAUUAAUGAGAAAUGAAAACUUACAAUUCUAUGUUGUACCUUCAACUGAUUCACAUCGAUCUGAAUAUCUUGCACCGUGUGAUGAAAGAAGAGCAUUUAUUUCAAAUUUUACUGGUUCGGCUGGAACUGCUAUUAUUGGUUUAGAUGAUGCUUGGUUGUUUACCGAUUCUAGGUAUUGGCAACAAGCUGAAGAUGAUUUAGAUUUGAAUUGUUGGAAUUUGAUGAAAGUUGGAACUUCGGGGGUUUUUGAUUGGAUUCGUUGGUUGGGAUCUGACGAUGUACCCAGGAUGAGUAGGAUUGGAAUUGAUUCAAUGCUUGUUUCUCAUACUGAAGUACAAACUUUGGAAGAAAGUUUACAUGAUCGGGAGUCAAGCUUAGUGUGCUCGAGUGAAAAUUUGAUUGAUCAAGUAUGGGGAUCAAAAAGACCAAUCUUAUCACAAAACCCAAUUUAUCUACAUCCACUUGAAUACUGUGGUCAAACUUCACAAGACAAAUUAGAAAAACUGAAAUCCUAUAUAAGAGAAUAUAAAGCAGGAGGUUAUUUAAUCAAUUCAUUAUCAGAAUUAUGUUGGAUUUUGAAUAUCAGAGGUUCAGAUGUACCUUAUAAUCCUUUCCCCUUUGCUUACUUAUUUGUUUCAACUUCAAUUUCUAAACCUACAAUACUUUUUUUACAUAAUCCAAAACAUCAACAUCAAGAAGUUCAGCAAUACUUGAAAGAAUUAGAAGUUCAAUUAGAAGAUUAUGAUAAGAUUUGUGAAUUUAUGGGAUCACUUGAAAUUCAAAAUCAUAUAAUUAUUGAUUCAACUUUACCAAUUGGAUUAUACGAUACAAUUGAUAUCAAACAAAUUUCUGAAACUCCUUCAAUUAUUACUCAAUGGAAAUCGAUCAAAAAUCUAACUGAAUUAAAUGGAUUUCGAAACGCUUAUUUAAGAGAUGCAUUGGCUUGGUGUCGUUGGUCCGCUUGGUUAGAACAUCGAAUUUUGUCUGGAGAUGAAAUUAAUGAAUGGGACGCUGCAAUUAAAUUUGAUGAGAUCAGAUCGAGACAUCCAAUGUUCAUUAGUUUAUCGUAUGCUAAUAUCAGUGCUACAAAUGAAAAUGCUGCUUUGCCUCAUUAUGAACCUACUAUUAAACAAAAUAGGAUUAUUGAUUUACAUACAUUUUACCUAAAUGAUUCGGGAGCUCAUUAUUUAGAUGGAACUACUGAUACGACUAGAACUGUAUUCUUUGGAAAAAGUCCAACGCCGGAGCAGAAAUUAGCUUAUACUAUUGUUUUACAAGGUCAUUUGGCUGUUGCUAGAGCUAUCUUUCCAGCUUUGACAUUGACUCAAACUACUGGUAGUCAAUUAGAUGUAUUGGCAAGAGAACCCGGAUGGUUUGUACAUGGAAAACUCUACGGUCAUGGUACUGGACAUGGGGUUGGUAGUUGUAGUUCAGUACACGAAGGACCUCAUGCGGGCGGUCUCAGGUUUUAUUUGCGGGCGCUUUUUAGUAGCCCCCUAAAGAUUGGUCAUACUUUUACAAUCGAACCUGGUCAUUAUGAUUUUGAAAAAAAAAUCGGAAUUCGUAUUGAAAGUUUUUUUGGUGUUAAAGAAUGUGAUGAUUUGAAUGAUGUUAAAAUGAAAGGUACUAAAUGGUUAGAACUUGAAAGGUUUACACAAGUACCUAUUGCUAAGAAUUGUAUUGAUUGGGAUUUAAUGAAUCAAGUAGAAAAAGAUUGGAUUGACAGUCAUAAUGAAGAAUGUAAGGAUAAGUUGAAAGGAUUGUUUGAUUUAGAAAAUCAUGAAGAUAGGAUGGCAUUUGAUUGGUUGAUGAAACAAUAGAGCAUUGGUAUUAAUCCUUGAUUGGCUCUUUUAGUGGAGGUUUUGUUUUGUUUUCUUUUAAUGAUAGUAUACGUUUUUAAUGUCUGAAUGCGUGGUAAGGGAAUUAGAUGAGUAAAUAUAUAUAUAUAUGUGUGUGUGUUUGGUAUGUUUGGUUUUCUGCAGCUUGAGUUUUGUCUUUUGUACAGUUCUUGAUUGAUAUUGCUUUAGUAUCUGGCUAUCAAAUUUCUGUGAAUGUGAUGCAUCUUCGAGAUUUCUUUGAACUGU